ACAGCCUGCAUAAAUUCCAUUUUAAAAUGAGAGCAGUGAAUUUUGUCGACAGGCUGCAGUGGGAUAUUGCUGGUAAUGUUUUCAGACAUGGACUUGCCAUUGGUGAUGUUGAUAACGAUGGGGACAACGAAUUAGUCGUUGGCACAUCUAAAGGAGAUUUAUUAAUAUUCAAGGGCUCAGACAUUUGGCAUAAAACAACUGGACUCGGACUGAUAACUUGUCUUGCCAUAGGGGAUAUAUUCAAUUAUGGGAGAAAUGCUUUGGUCGUUAUUUGCGGAGAUGGAUGGGUGCACAUUUUUUACAGUCCACGCUCAGUCAACCCUAACACUGGAUUUUCUACGGUGGUCAAUAAAGAAUGCCUAGACAAUGCCAAGCUAGAUGCUAUUUUCGAGCAUAAUCCCGGAGAGGUGGAUCAAAUGUCCGGUAAAAUGGAGUGUGUUCAUUUACAAAGAAUUCCAACAAAUACAAAAAUCGUGCUGUUAGCUGAUAUCGACCGAGAUGGGGCUAAUGAAAUGAUCAUCGGGCUGACAGAUCGUGUCGUCAGGUCCUAUAGAUGGUCAAGUAAUGCUGAUUUGGGAACAGGCAAGCUCAUUGGACUGAAUAAAUGGGAAUGUGCCAAUCAAAUUGGCACUCUUACUCUACAGCAUACAAACGAUCGAACCCCAACUCUUCUUGUUGCCCAGCCAGGUGGUACCUUCAUGAGAAUCAAAUGCACUUCCGACAACUGUCGCUCACAAGAAACUUGUGUGCAAAGUGAAACAGCCGAGGGUUGCAUUGAUUAUCAAACGCUAGGAAUAUCUCGUAUGCGGAAUUCAAAUAUUUCCACUGAAAUAAUUGGCAAUCUGGCGCCCGGAAAUAAGAGAUACUCCUCUAUAAAGAUUUGUUCAAAGAAGGAUAUUCAUGAAUCAACACCACUGGAAUUUUCAGGAACUGAUCAAGUCGAUGGAAAUAUUAUCGGUGGUAAUGCUGUUCGGGGUGAAUUCCCAACAGUUCAUAAGAAAACAAUUUUACCCAGUUAUGAUGAUUUUACCAACAACAGUUGUAUAAAUAAUGAGGGUAUUAUUGAAAUUAAGGACAAUAAUAAUGAGGAAGAAGUUAUGGAGAGCAAACCCUAUGCAGUUGCUACAUUAGAUGGAACGAUAAUGUUGGUCAAGGAUGAAAUUAUUUUAUGGGCAAUGCAAGUUGACCACCAAAUAUUUGCACUCUCCUGUCUGGACGUAACUGCUGAUGGAACUGAUGAAAUAGUCAUUUGCACUUGGGAUGGGCAGACUUAUAUCCUUGACCAAGACAGGAACAGCGUGAGAUUUCAAUUCGAGGAGCCAGUCCGAUCUUUCUGUACUGGCAACUACAGCUUAUCUCCAGGGACAUCAAGCCCUAGCCUUGUCUACAUCACUUUCACGAAUAAGAUUUUUUUAUACUAUGACGUUUUCCUCCCAAGUCUGGUGGUCAAGAGCCUGCCAUCGCUUGAUGUAUCGGUAAAGCAGAAUGAAGAAGAUAGGAUACUGGAUGAUGUACCGCCUUUAGGACAAUUGCGGGACAAGAGACAAUUGCGGGAGUACCUACUAUAUGGAACGAAUACGCUCGAAUAUAAAUACUAAAGCUCUUUGGGUUGUAUAAUAGGAAUUGCACAUUCGAAAAAUAUAUUAGAAAUAUUAUAAAAAUGUGAGGGGUGUAUGGUUGUUAUUGUCAAGUAGACAGUACUAUUGUGUUCAUCUCAUCCGAGUGUAUAAACUUGUCUGACGAAAUACAAUGCCAUCUAUUCAA